AUGACUGCCAGAACCCCGACCCCCGCCCGCAAUUCCUUCCGGGCCCGUGCGUGCGAAAACUGUCGUCUCCGAAAGAUCAAGUGUGACAAAGUAAUUCCCUGUUCCAGCUGCAGUGUUCUUGGGAUCGCCUGUGGUUCCGCCAGCACCUCAGUGGGUUCUGGUCCUUCACGAAGAGGUGAUUCCGACGACUAUGAGCAAAGGUUUUCAGCACUUCAAGAACAACUCACGUCCCUCCAGAAAGCGCUCCAGCAGAUAACACAGCCAUCGGCUUCAGUGCGGGCAUCUGUGCAGCCAGUCCAUCCGAUUUCCGCCAGCCCAACAGCUCCUCCAUUUGAAGGGCAGUCGUCAUUUCAUCAUGAGACUCUUGUAGCUAGGGAUGCAGCUUACUCUGCCGCCAACACUUCCAGGAAUGGACAACUGGGUGACUAUGUUUCUGCCGCGCUGUCGUCUCUAAAGACCAGUCUCGAUAGGCACCACGCCUCCGUGGCCCAAAGCGGCGAACAAUCGCCUAUUCAGCCAAAAGAAAAAUUGCUUCCGGUCGAUAUGGUAGUAGCUGUCGUGAAGAAGGUCAAAUCCCAACCUCCCUUCUUCCUGGUCAGUCAGUCAUGGAUAAACUCUGCCCGGGUUGAAUCCUUAUGCCAGUCAAUAUACUUUCCGCUCAACCCGGUCCCUGCUGGGACGUUGACUCUCUUCUAUGGCCUUCUCUUCUACAUCAUCCGCGACUACCUGCAUGCGGAAGAUCCAGAUCUCGCACGCUUUGAUCUUCAAUCAAGCCUCAAAAUUUGUGAGCAUUAUUUUGCUACCGGCUUGAGCAUGCCUGAGAUUAUGGUCGACCCAACACUAGAGAAAGUACAGGCAUUGCUACUAGGGGUCAUGAAAGCACAAGAGGGAUUUGACAUCCAACGCUGUUGGUCCUACCUCUCCCUGGCAUUUAACAUGUGUCAGAGUAUGGGCUUGCACCGACGUUCUACUUUGGAAAGGGACGAAUUUCCUUCGGCCGAGGAAAAGCGCCGUGCCUUUUGGGCACUUUACACAAUCGACAAGAACAUUUCUCUCAAUAUUGGAGUGACCUCCCAUUUCCAAGAUCACGAUAUAGAUGCUGAUCUUUUUACCCCCUCAAAUGAUCCCAAGCAUCGGCCAUGGGACUUGAUGGGGCUUGUGAUUGUGGAAUUUGCUGGUGUCCAGGGUAGAGUCUAUGAUCAGUUGUACUCUACCUCUGCUUGUCGAGCGGUCGAUCAGCAAAGGUCGGCUUCCAUAGAUCGAUUAUCUUCCGAUCUAAUGGCCGUGCGGGACAGACUUCUUGCAAUUGAUGUCAGUCCGGGUCUCUAUGCCGACUCUUUGCAUGGAAUGGCAGCCUGCGCAGAUUUCAUAGCAUACUCUGUGUUGACCGUUAUCUACCGUGCGCAGACACGUCCACGCGAUGCCAUGGCAAUUUCAUCUCGCUGUUAUGAAUCUGCAACUGCCGCGUUACAGAGUCAUUUGAAGUGUUUCACCUACUUCCGUGGCCGUCAGACGCACAAGCAGACAGAAUAUGUCACCUGGAUUCUUCUUUACCCUUCCUUUACUCCAUUCGUUAUCGUCUUCACUCACGCCAUUACAACGGCUAGCACAGCUGAUCUGGCUCUGCUGCAAGAUACGGCCAGCUCUUUGGAACUGAUCAAAGGCCUUUCCCGUGGAUCAAUGCACCUCUACACAGUCUGCGAAGCCUUCGUCCGGGCAGCGCAGAUUCUCGUUAAUUCACAGCAGACACUGACUGGGUUGGAACAGCACCAAGAUGGGUCCCUUGUGAUGCCUACAAACAACGGGCUGGGGAAUAUCGCCUUGCCCGAUGUCCCGUGGCCGGAGAAUACAUUUGAAUCCACGAUGAACCAGGCGGAUAUAUCCAUGUUCUUGAAUGACUUUAUUGGUACAAACCGGUCGGUGAUGGAUAUUUUAAGUUCCGAAUAUAUCAACGAUUCAAUGCAAUAG